ACUUUACUAUAAAUAUCUGAUCGAAAAUGACGAAAUAUGCAUUGCAAGGAAAGUUCAGUUAAGUAAGAAUCAAUAGCAGGUAACUAUGGCGAUGGAACAAGAGCUUGAGUGGAUUGAAGCACAAAAUAUAGGAAUAAGCGUUGAUCUUGUUGCUGUGGCCAAACGCCAGCUUCAGUUUCUAGCUGCUGUUGAUCGAAAUCGCUCUCUCUAUGACGGCCCCGUUCUGAACAGAGCCAUAUAUAGGUACAAUGCUUGUUGGCUUCCUUUGCUAGCGAAACAUUCUGAGGCACCGGUUUCUAAGGGACCUUUGGUUGUUCCUCUUGAUUGUGAAUGGAUUUGGCACUGUCACAGACUCAAUCCUGUGCAGUAUAAGUCUGACUGUGAGGAACUUUAUGGAAGGAUCCUUGACAACUGCAAUGUUGUAUCCUCUGUUGAUAAAUCCUGUAAGAGGGAAACUGAAGAAAUUUGGAAAAGUCUUUAUCCUGAAGAGCCCUAUACCUUAGACUUAAACUUGGCAUUGUCCGAGGAUAUCUCUGAAAGAGUUUAUGUACUAGAGAAAUGCACCAAAUAUGAUUUGGUUUCAGCUGCUAAAAGGCAGACUCCUUUCUUUUACCAGGUGUCUAGACCCCAUAUGAACAAUGACCUGUUUCUUGAAGGAGCUCUGGCUAGAUAUAAAGGGUUUUUGCAUUUGAUAAGGAGAAACAAGGAGAAGUCUUUGAAGCGCUUUUGUGUUCCAACUUACGAUAUUGACCUUAUCUGGCAUUCCCAUCAAUUGCAUCCUGUAUCUUACUCUAAAGACCUGAAUGAAGUACUUGGAAAGGUAUUGGAGCACGAUGACACAGACUCGGACAGAACUAAAGGAACGAAGCUUGAUGUUGGGUUUUCUAGCACUACCAAACAGUGGGAAGAGACAUUUGGUACAAGGUAUUGGAGGGCAGGGGCAAUGUAUAGAGGCAGUACUCCAACUCCUGUUACAAACACUCCUUGCUCACCAAACAUGAUCAACAAAGAGAAAGUUAAAACAAAUGAGUGUCAGAAAAUAAUUCAGCUACCCGAGGUGAAAUUUGUGGAGGUGGUUUUGGAGUUUGUGGAAGUUAAGAACUUACCAGAGGGGCACAAAGGAAGUCUCUUUGUCACAUUUAGUAAAACACAACCUGAUAUUUUGUUUGAUGCCAAGCGAAAACUGACUAUUUUGUCAGAGGCCAAAGAGAAGCAGGUUGCAUCUUUCCAGUGUGAACCUAACGGAGAGCUUCUCUUUGAACUUGUGUCUCGUUCUCCUUCGAACUUACCAAUAACAAAGCCAUUGAAGACAUUGGGUACUACUUCACUAUCUCUUCAAGACCUCUCUGUCUCAGCUUCUAACCUAUCUGUGGAAAAAUGGUUAGACUUGGUCCCAAGUUCUGGAAAUGUGAGCUCAAAACCAAUUCGUCUACGAGUUGCUGUCUCAUCUACUGUUCCAGCACCUGCACAAUGCGUGCUUGAAAUGGUUCAUUCUCGACAGUUGUUAAAAAAUUCUUGUUUCCCCAUUUCUGGAAAGACUAAAGAUGCCACGGGCAGAAUCCAUGUCAUUGAUGAAACCGGCACUAAACUCAUCAAUCUCCAAAUCAGGAAUAUUGAAAGGGCAAAGGCGAGGGAGAACAGCUAUGCUCGGAAGGAGGUAAUUGGAAUGAUGAAGUCUGGUGAAAUGCAUACUCUUGCAGAAUUUAUUGGGACUGGAUGGUCUUUGAUGAAUUGUCAGUGGUCUCUACACCCUUGUAAGAAGUCCAGUGGAGAUUGCUGCAUUUUUGAGCUUGUGGGUGAUAAAAUGGUGAAAUUUUAUCCCGGCAGAAAGCUAGACUACGAACCUAAACAUUGUGAGAAACAUAAAAAUGAAAAAGACUUCAUAACUGCAGUUGAGUUCUCUGCUGAAGAUCCUUAUGGCAAAGCAGUGGCCCUGCUCAACUUAAAAUCUGGAUUUGUUAAGGUGAAGGAAGAAUGGAUGUUAAUCCCCAGCGUCAUAUCAUUUUCAAUAUUUUCAGAUACAGUAAAUGAACGAUAUGAUGGCUUUGCUGUUAAUGCUAAGAAUUUGGAGCUUAAAAACAUAACUGAAAUUAGUAAUGAUACCAACAAAGAGGCCAAUGGAACCGACUCCAUCCCUUCUGCAACAAGUGAAGUUAAGUUUAACAUGGUUGUGGCCGAAAGAGAUGCAUUGGUGCCAAGAAAGGGCGAGUUAUCCAUUGGAGGCUGUGGGGCAGGAUGUGGCAGUGGAUGUGGAAACAUGGUGAGGAGUGGUGGACAGUGUGAAAAUAUGGUGAAAAGUGGUGGCUGUGGCAGCAGUGGAUGUGGGGGUUGUGGUGCUGGCGGAUGUGGAGCCAUGGUGUCGAGUGGCGGUGGCUGUGGCAGUGGUUGUGGUGGUGGAUGUGGGGGAUGUGGAGCCAUGGUGUCGAGUGAUGGCUGUGGAGGUUGUGGUGCCGGCGGAUGUGGAAACAUGGUGUCGAGUGGUGGCUGUGGAGGUUGUGGUGCCGGUGGAUGUGGAAGCAUGGUGUCUAGUGGUGGCUGUGGAGGCUGUGGUGGUGGUGCUAAUUUUGCACAAUCUGACAACCCUUGUGCGGAUGCACUCUCGAAGGGAACACCAACUCCCCAAGUCAACGAAGCAGUAGCUGCCUAAUGGGGUCACUGUUCAUAUCAUCGACUCAAAAGAAAUGCACUGCAUCUUAAUAAUAAAUUUCUUAUGAAGGGACACUGCCUUGUAGUGUUUAAUUGGGUGUAUUAUGGUAUCUGCUUUGGUAAUAAAUCAGUGUGAGAAAUCACUUUCAGUUGGCUUGCACAUAUACGUUUAUGCAAUAUCCAACUCUUCAUAUUAGUUUGCACAUAUCUGCUUUCUGUAAUGUCAAUAUCUGUCGUUUGGGUGCAACUUUUCCAGUUCUGUACACCAUGUAAAAAUUUCUGGACCUAAAACUAAGUUAUUUACCUUUGUGAUGAA